GGGUCUCAGUGAACAACAGCUUCUUGCAGGACGCACGGAGCUGCGCGCAACGGACCCAGUACCCAGGCGCACACAAACAAACACACACACACACACACACACACACACACACACACACAAAAAGACACGGGACUCCGCGAGCUUUGUUAUUCUCUGUGGGACUGCAGCUGUGGACUUUCUGCAUGUUGUUUGAAUGGGAAAGAGCGGGCUGGACGCUUUUGGAGACCGAGUCUUUUUUUAUUUAGACUUAUCGGCGAGGUGGUGUACUUGUCUCCGUUUGUUUUGGUAGAUUACACAUCUGAAGUGAACAUUCCGUAUGCCAGAAGCGCGUCAACGAUUCCAAACUUGCGAGUGCGCCUGGCAAUCAGGGAGAUGAACUUCUACUGUGUGCAGAGAAAAGACGUAUUGCUGAAUAACCAACCUGAAGGCACAGUGACUGGAGUUCAUUAGACCCACACACUAUUUUCAGCAGCACUCUUGUAUGUUUGGGAAUACAACGAUUGCACUGGCUUCUGUGGAUAUCUUGUGGUGUCUCAUUUUUGUAGCACGAGUGGAUGUUCUCCCGGAACUUGCAGAAUUGUAAAUUAAAAAUCAGCUUUAAGCUCAGAGUGUGUGUGUAACAUACAUAUGCACCCUUCUCUUCCAUAGCAUUUAGACUGGAAUCUUAAGUUUAAAAAAAAAAAAUGAGCAUCUACAGUGUGGCUUUGUCCUGUUUGGUGGCGUGCGUUCUGUCCGUGCGCUGCAGCUCGGUGGACGGGACAGAGACUCAGAGUUCGCCCCAGGAGUCGUGCGCGUCCUGCGGCCUCAGGGCGUCGGAUCAGUCGGAGCGCAUGGACAUAGACUUUUUGGAAGCGGUGAAGAGGCACAUACUGAACCGGCUGCAGAUGAGAGACAGACCCAACAUCACCCAUCCCAUCCCGAAGGCUGCGAUGGUGACGGCGCUGAGGAGGCUGCACGCCGGGAAGGUGCGCGAGGACGGCCGGGUGGAGAUCCCCAGUUUUGACGGACAGGCUGCGUACAACAACGAGGUUCAGGCGGAGAACUCGGAGAUUAUCAGCUUCGCAGAAUCAGAUGAGCACACAUCCAAGUCUGGCCUGUACUUCCACGUGUCCAACGAGGGCAACCAGAACCUGUUCGUGUCCCAGGCCAACCUGUGGCUCUACUUCCGCGUGCUGCCAGCCGGCCCUGAGAAGGGCCUCCGGAGGAAGGUGACCGUCAAGAUCCAUUACCAGGAGGCUGCGGCUGGCGGCGGUGCGGAGGGAGGGCCGGGAGGCGGGGGCGGUGGAGGGGGAACAGGCCGCUGGGCUCUGGUGGAGAAGCGGGUGGAUCUGAAACGCAGCGGCUGGCAUACUUUCCCCCUGUCGGAGGCGUUGCGGGCUGUGUUCGGGAAAGGCGGCCGGCGUCAGGACCUGGAGGUCCACUGUGAGGGUUGCGAGACGGCUGGCGUGGCUCCGGUGCUAGUGGACCCAGGCGACCCAUCCCACCGGCCCUUCCUGGUGAUGCGGGCGCGACAGUUGGACGGAAAGCACCGCAUUCGCAAGCGAGGGCUCGAGUGCGACGGCACCAGCGGGGGCCUUUGCUGCCGGCAGCAGUUUUACAUAGACUUCCGCCUUAUUGGCUGGAACGACUGGAUCAUUGCGCCAGCUGGUUAUUACGGCAACUACUGCGAGGGCAGCUGCCCGGCCUACAUGGCCGGCGUGCCUGGUUCGGCUUCAUCCUUCCACACGGCAGUAGUUAACCAGUACCGCAUGAGAGGCAUGAGCCCCGGCUCGGUCAACUCCUGCUGCAUCCCCACCAAGCUCAGUACUAUGUCCAUGCUCUACUUUGACGAUGAAUACAACAUCGUAAAGAGGGAUGUGCCCAACAUGAUCGUGGAGGAGUGUGGCUGCGCUUGAGUCCACGCCAACAUUCAUUAUCUUUGGACUAUGGAACAGUCAGAAAGGCCUUUUAUACAAACGGGACGUUAUUGUACGGUACACAUAUACAAUAUAUCUAUACCUACUGUUUGUGCAAGCAGCACGCACACUGGCGCGUCUGGUGCAUCUCGCAAAUGCAAAAGUACCAGUGUUGUGUCCAUGUGUGUUACGUGUGUGUUUGCACAUGUUCAUGCGAGUGUGUGUAUUUAUCAGACUGAGUGACUGAGUGCUUGCUGUCCGCGCCGACGACCGCUCAGCGAUGGGACAAGAAGGGAACGAUUAUCACCAAAUGAUACUUUGCUCUAGUUUGCCAUUUCUAGUCGAAAAAUAAUGGCUCAUCAUCUCUCGAAUGAAGAUAACAAGCGCUUAAGGAAAAGUGACAAGGAUCAGCCGCCGACACGAUUGGCUUCGCCCCCAACGCUCCCAAACACCCCGCUCCUCCAACCCUCUUAAGUACUUAAGCACACGACAGACUUUUUUUUUUUUUUAUAAAGCACUGACAAUUCAUCCGCUUAUACAAUUCAGAAACACCAGCACUUCCCUACGACGCCGACAGACACAGUCUGACUGUCCUCUCUGGUGAAAUCAGACCGUCAGCGCUUAACGCCUUGCAGGAUUAUAAACGCUCCACAGAAAGGCGAAAGAAAGUCCUCCAUGUAGCUGCUGCUGCUGCUGCUCUUGCCAUUCUUGCUGUUGACUACGGGCCUCAACUUCCUGCCUGUCAAGAGAGCUGUAGGCCCUGCUACCAUGACAACCAGGUGAAGAUAGAUCUCAUAAGUGCACUUCACUUGUGCACUGGGAGCGACAGAGAGAG